AUGCCUUGCCAAUCUUCUCAUUUCGGUCAGAUACACCGUCGAUUCCAUUUGGCAGUUCAAGCUGCCGCGACGGACUCCGCGCUCGACAUCUGUGUCAUGGCCAUCGCCGAGCUGCGGUUGGCCCGCUGCAUUCGCCUGGCUUCCGAAGUGCGGCCGAUGGACUACUCUGGCUUCCCGCUUCACCAUGAUGGAGCCUUGUUCCUUUACAACGGUCCAUCCACGCGCAUACAUCGUGCCGAGAUGGAAGAGGUCGCUUCAACCUCGCCGACAGACGCCUCGGCGAUGAAGCAAACAAUGCGCACGUCGUCCCGCAUCGCCGCCAGACCCAAGGCACCCAAGUCGGACCUCGCCCCCGCGCCCAUUGUAAAGCCAGCGCCUCGUAUCCAGAACUCAUGCCGCCACAAGUGUUUCGACAAAGCCAAGUGCAAGCACAAAUGUUGCGCCGAGACACUGCGCAUCGUCGACAUCCCCAAGGGCGAAGAAUUCAUCAACUGCGCGGACUUACUCGUCUACCUACUCGGACUACUGCCCGCCAAAGAUCUGCUGAGCUUCCGCCAGGUCAGUCACCACAUGCAGUCCACCAUCGACAAUUCGAAGACCUUCCGCCAAAGGUUGUUUCUCGAAGCCGAAGACUGCCAAUCCUACUCCGACAUUCGCCUUCUGCACGGUGUGGACGCUAGCUCCAUGCCGCACAUCCCGCCACGAACGGUGCGCAUCAACCCACUCUUGUUCAACAUCUACCCGAAGUACUCUCCAUCAUCCCUCGAAGAAGGAAGUCCGUAUAGGCUAUACGGACUUCCUUCUGUUGCUAUACGGUAUAGCAACCCGGCCCGCUACUCCAAAAAUGGCGUCAACUUGCUUACGGACCUUCGCUUCAAAAUCACUCCCACUCACAACAAGAAGCUCCACGCGGACUCCUCCUGUAUGAACAUGUUCAUCACUCAGCCUCCGAUCAAGGAUCUCAUCGUCAACGCAGAACAGGAGGUGACCAAGGGGCCAAAGAGGUGGAGAAACUUGUCGUACGUUCCCGAGACCACUUUGAUCGCUUCGGAUGGCGAGGGACUUCGUUUUCGCGACCUCCAACCGUUCAUGAACCGCUUGUUUGGCGAAGAUGGUGUGACACAGGUGGUGACGGACCUUGGUCGAUCGUAUCUAAGGAUCCCACGAUGUGAAGCAUUGGAUGAGGAUGGAGAGCCGGUGUUUCUUGCGCCAAACCAGUAUCGGAUCAACCUCCCUCGCCAUGGCUAG